AUGAACGGGGACCACCAGGCCCGCGGCGGUGCGAUCCCCGCUGCGCCCUACACAGCUCGCCCGCCUAGUCCACCUGCAAUCAUGAUUCCGGCACCCACCUUCCUCAAAGCCAACGAGCCCAUCGUGUGCGUUCCCAGCUUCGCUAACAUCGACCCACUGUUUCUCACCGCACCCGAACUCGAGAUCAUCACCCAGAACCGCCCCCAGGAGGCUUACGACUCGGUCAACAAUUGGCAGUAUGAGGAUCGCCGAACCGCCCAGGAAAUCCUCGACUUCUUGUGGCUGGGCCCUUCGAGUGUCGCCCGCGACAAGGAAUUCCUGCAAAAGAAUGGCUUCACCAUGCUCCUAGCUGCCCGCGACGCCCGCAUGGCCCAGGCCCGGCUCAUGGGCGUUGACCGUGUCGCAAGAGAGCUAGGCCUCCAUGCGGAGACGCUCGACGUGGAAGACCACCAGGAUCUCAUCCGGUCCCUGCCGGAGGCUGUGCGCAAGAUCAACAACCACAUGCUCGACGUCUACCGCAGUCAAGCCCUUGGCAACCAGACCGAACAGCCCCUGGGAGAAGGUGCCAUGGUCAUCGACAAGACCAAGUUCCGGAGAGGCAAGGUCCUUAUCUUCUGCGAGACCGGCAACGACCGCUCGGCCGCUGUGGUCAAUGCCUACCUGAUGUCUGUCUUCGGCAUGAACAUGAUCCAGGCCUGCCAGUUCAUCCAGUUCCGCCGCUUCUGCGUCAGUCUCGACGAGGAUAUGAAGUACCUGCUCAUGACGUACGAAGGCCUUCUCCAAGCUCAGAAGACGGUCAAUAGGUACAAGCUUCAGAACGGUCAGUUGCCGACACCUGCGUCGACUGUGUCGCCUACCACACCCACCACCGGGCUUGGUGCGGCCCUGCCCGUCUUUGAGACCAAGCCGAAACGAGGUAUCGAGGAGACCUACGAGGAGGUUGACGAUGAUGACAUGGACGGUGUCAUGGACGAGUUCCAGCUGGACCGCGAGAGAUACCAAGACCGACCUGCCUUUGUACCAUUUGUGGACCGCCCCUAG